AGAGAGCAUCUGCUGUGUUUGUCUCUGAAACACUUCUCCUGUCCACACAGCAAGAUAAAUAAACUUUUAGUCCAACUAUUUACUUUAUGGACGCGUUCUUGAAUACUACUACAUUUUUGGGAGUUGAUUCUUAGCCAUAUCAAUCUGUUGCCAUUCGUUGAGUGUGUGUGCAGUGGUCGCGUGGGCGCGCUUUCCUAUGGAAUAAAUUGGGCAACCCCCUCCCUAGACUGAAGAGAGUCCACCAAACUGUGUCUGCUGAAUAAGAUGCUAGUCUUAUUUAGACUUUGAGGGGAUUUUGAGGUUUUCCCCAAGUAGGAUUGAGUGAAGGUGCAAUUUUCCUGAUAUUUUGGAUGGAAGAUGAUGAAGAAAAUGGCCAAAAGUCACCUUUCAGGAUUCCUCUUCCUCUGCAUGGUCAAUACCGCCAUCCCUCAACUGACUCCUCGUGGACCAAGACCAGUACCUGUGCCACAAGACAAACCAAAUGAUAACCUACCCGAACUAGAACGUUGUAAGCCCACGAUUGUCAGCUGUCCCAUCAAGGUAUUCUUCACAAUCGACACUUCUGAGACCAUAGCCCUCCAGGAGUCUCCACCUGGAUCAUUGGUGGACAAAAUUAAGGAUUUCACACGAAUUUUUGCCGACAAACUGGCUGACGAGGAGUACCGAGGUGUGGUACGCUUCACCUGGUUGGUCGGGGGCCUGCAUUUCUCCCAGAAGCAGGUGGUUUUCAGCCAGUUUUCUACAAAGGAGACCUUCAUCAGGAACCUUAACCAGAUUAAAUACCUGGGCAAAGGCACCUACAUCGACUGCGCCCUAAAAAACAUGACGCACCAAAUGACUCGACACUAUUCGGAAAUGAAGGCCGUUCAUUUUUCCGUGGUUAUCACUGACGGUCAUGUGACGGGAAGCCCUUGCGGCGGAUUCAAAGCGACGGCCGACAAGGCCCGAGAGCAGGGGAUUCGCAUUUUCUCAGUGGCAGCGUCUCAGUUAAUCGAAGAAACCGGAAUGAGGGAGAUCGCCAGCUCGCCGACUGAAGUUUACCGUGACAAUUAUUCAGUCAUGAAAAUCGUUCAUGGAAGACCGAAAAUAAGGACAGAAUCUAUUGAUCGCAUCAUACAAGCUAUGAAAUAUCAAGCCUUUGUAGAGUGCUACCAACUGCAAUGCUUCGAGACCCCUGGAAUGCCUGGACCAAGAGGGCCUCGAGGACCAAAAGGUACAAAAGGAGAAAGCGGUUAUCCUGGACCAAAAGGUGAAAAGGGAGGACAGGGUGAUCGUGGCAUUGAAGGUCCAAUCGGACGUCCUGGACCAAAGGGAGAAGUUGGGUUGAAGGGUGACAAGGGUGAUCUAGGAGGAAGUGGAGCAAAGGGUUUGGUAGGAGUACCUGGCCGGAAUGGAACUGAUGGACAGAAGGGCAUGAUUGGCCGUAUUGGAGGUCCUGGUUGCAAAGGGGAUCCAGGCGACAAAGGAGAGGACGGCUACCACGGAGAAGUUGGGGAAGAUGGCCAACAAGGCAAAAAAGGAGAAAAGGGUGAACUCGGCCUUCCCGGCAAAUCAGGUGCUCCUGGCCCUGAGGGUGAACGAGGACCAAAGGGUGAAAGAGGAAAUCCAGGAUACUCAGGACUCCCAGGAAAUAAGGGAUCAGUGGGACUGCCUGGUUUACCAGGACCAAGAGGUGAAUUGGGAAGGCAAGGACAUGAAGGACCAAAGGGAAAACAGGGAUCUGUUGGGAGAAAGGGAGUGAAGGGAGAACGAGGACAUCAAGGAAGUUGGGGACAACCAGGGAUUGAAGGAUUCAAGGGUACAAAGGGUCAACUUGGACUCCCAGGCCCGAGGGGUCAGGCAGGAGAAUUGGGAGAUUCUGGUACAAAUGGUACCUCAGGAAAUCCAGGAGAUUCAGGACCGAGAGGAGAGCCUGGCCCAGAAGGACCAAAGGGUGAUAAAGGAAGACAAGGAUUCAGUUACCCUGGACCAAGAGGAGCAACUGGCGACCGAGGUGAUCCAGGGAGAAAAGGAGCAAGGGGUAGCCGAGGUGAAUCUGGAGCCAAAGGGGAGCCAGGAAUCAAAGGGCAACGUGGAGAGGCUGGGGAGGUAGGUGAAGCUGGAGAACCUGGAGAAAGAGGAACUAGAGGGAACCCUGGGCCAGACGGUUCCCCUGGACCACAGGGAGAUCCUGCACUUACUGAUUGUGAUGUCAUGACUUACAUCAGGGAAACUUGUGGUUGCUGUGACUGUGAGAAGCGUUGCAGUGCCCUGGACAUUGUAUUCAUCAUAGACAGCUCGGAGAGUGUCGGUUUGAGCAACUUCACCUUGGAAAAGAACUUUGUAAUCAAGACCAUUAAUCGUCUUGGAUCUAUGGCCAACAGCCCUGCAUCCCCGACUGGAACAAGAGUCGGAGUUGUCCAGUACAGUCACAAUGGGACCUUUGAGGCCAUCCGUCUUGAUGACCCUAACAUAAACUCCAUGUCUGCUUUCAAAACGGCCGUGAAGAACCUUCAGUGGAUUGCGGGAGGCACCUUCACCCCUUCAGCUCUAAAAUUUGCCUACGAACACCUUAUAAGGGACAGCAAGAGAGCCGCCGCCCAAGUGUCCGUGGUUGUAAUCACUGACGGACGCUUUGACCCACGUGACGAUGAGGAUCUUCUCAAAUACCUCUGCCGAGACAGCAGAGUCGAGGUGAACGCCAUCGGGGUUGGAGACAUGUUUAGAAAAGCACAGGACGAUGACAUUUUGGGCUCCAUAGCGUGCGACAAUAAGGAUCGGGUCACUGGAAUGAAGAAUUUUGUUGAUUUAGUCGCUGAGGACUUCAUAGACAAAAUGGAGACUGUGCUGUGUCCAGAUCCAGUUGUUGUGUGCCCCGAUCUCCCUUGCAAGCGUGAGCCUGAUGUGGCCCUGUGUGCCCAGCGGCCAGUGGAUGUGGUAUUCCUCCUCGACGGCUCGGAACGCCUUGGGACUGACGACUACCGUCACAUCCGUGAAUUCUUGCAAACAGUGGCAAACAAACUUGUGCUGGCCAGGAGCAGGACAGAUCGCCUUAGAGCUCGCCUGGCUCUGUUUCAAUAUGGCAACAACGGGGAGAAACUUGUGGCUUUCCCGCUCACGCACGAUGCUGCUGUUGUCUCCAACGGUCUGGCACGUCUGCGCUAUCAGUUCUCUUCAUCCAGCAUAGGACCAGCGAUCACCGAGGCAAUUGACAGAAUGCUUGGCAGGGGAACGACUCGUCAGACGAGACGGCUCGCAGAGAUUGCAUUUGUUUUCAUUACUGACGGCGUCACAGACACAAAAAACUUGGACGAUGCGGUGCGCGCCAUGCGUAGGGAACAGGUCGUUCCCACAGUUAUCGCCGUAGGAAGCGAUGUAGAUCAUGAAGUGUUAACAAAGCUAGCCAUGGGAGAUGGGAACGCCAUUUUUAAGGCCAAAAAAUGGUCACAAUGGCAGUCAGGCUUGAUUGACAAUUUUAUCCGGUGGAUAUGUUAAAAAAUGACAGACAAAACCUUUACUAUGUGUAUCCAAGUGACUGGGGGGGACACACUCAGAAUUUCUUUUUCCUGAUGUUUGUUUGAAAAAAAUAAAUAAAAGCGAGUACAUCAUGACAUAAUACCUAAUGUGCUAUGCAACUCUGUGCCAGUCAAUCAGUUUAUUUGGGUGCAUGGGUAUAACUGAUGUCACAAGAUGGCUGCGCUCAUAAGCAGUGCCAUUGUUUAAACUAAGGCUGGGCAACAGUUUUUUUUUUUCGCGUGGUGAAUAGGAUGAAAGUUUUUCGAUUAACUGCAAAUAAUCGCAUUGUCAUAUACACAAACCAAUUUAAAAAAAAAAGUCACACCCAAAUCUGUCCCAACUUACCUCUUCUUUUUCUAUGGCUCACCUAGGGGUAACGUCGCUAUAUGGCGUCUUGGUAAAUGAAGUUGCAAUGAUCUUGUAACGCUAGUAAACACAAGCAGCACACACAAAAUGAUCCUACAUGUUUGUUCCACCUGGACAAAACUCCGACCUGCUGCUGGGUUUUGCUGUUUCGAGGCAUGCUUUUCUGAGUUACAUCUGUUCAGAAUACAAACUCCAAUGAAGCACACAAAAGGCUCAACUUUUUAUUUGGUGGCUCUGAUGUUCUAAUGUGCGAAUCAAAUAAUUAACGGUGUUAAUUUCUGAGUUAACCACGGUAGUUAAUUUGCCCAGCCUUCAUUUAAACAUGAUUUCCUCCAUUAUCACAGAUCUUAAGAAAUUCACCAUUUGCAUACUUAAAUAAUUUGAGCAACCCUCUUUUAAAUUAAGGUAUUUUUUAGGGCUGUCAAAAUUAUCGCGUUAACGGGCGUUAAUUCAUUUUUUAAAUUAAUCACGUUAAAAUAUUUGACGCAAUUAACGCACUAGGCCCGCUCAGACAGAUUUAAAUGUCAGUACAGUGAAAGGCCAACUUGUGAAUUGUGUUUUAUGGAGUUUUUCCGCCCUCUGCUGGCGAUUGGGUGUGACUUGCAUAUGUUAUGUGGCGUACUGUCGCCCUCUGCUGGCGAUUCAGUGCAGCUGAUUAUUUGGGGUUCGGCGCGCUUUUCUGACGUGAUUAUAUGUCGACGCGAACUCACACUAAUAGACAGUGCUAUUCAGACCAGCUAACGUCCGCAUCCAGUACUGUAUUCAGUGGCAGUUCUCAUAGCCCCAUCACACUGUUUGUGUCUAAUACAUGCAUCGCUUGUGAGUUAUAUUCCUCCUUUGCUUAUAUUCAUGAGCAUUAGAUAGUUAUUGAUGAUGUGUAUUUGAAUUUGUUCACAUAUAUGGUGAAAUGCAGUUACAUUGUUAGAUGCUUGUGAGCUAAUUGGCUAGUGCUACUGCUCAAAUGGACACGUGUGUGUACAUUUUAUGUUAUUUUGUGAUUUAUUUUCAGUUUUACAAAAAUACAAGAAACGUGCUCCUGUCAAAAAGAGAUGACUUCAGUAAAGCCCAUGCAACUUU